ACACUUAACGUUACUGCAUUAGCAUUCGCAUUUCAUUUCGUUUCCCCACAAAGCUGUAACGUUAAAAUUCAUGCUCAAAUCACCCAAGUUUACGAACUUAAGUUACAGACCGGGACGUUUAGCUAGCUAAGUUAAUCGUCGUAAGUUGCAACUUUUUAAUACGGAGGGAAUCCGCAUCCGCCCUUACCCUGUCAGUGUCCAGCAGCAGAUAAACCUCCCACCCUGUCUGUCAGCUUCUCCCCUCCAGUGUCCUUCAGUAGUACUAGUAGUAGUAGUUGUUGUUGUUGUUAAAUUAACAAAUAAGUGAGCUAACGUUAGCUAGUUGCAGUUAAACUAAUCUCAGCCGUUUGAAAUCACAGCGGAGGAAUGCGGACGCUGACGUAGACAACUGAACAAACCGACAACAACAACAACGGCAGCAGUCCGGAACGGUGCAGUGGUACCAAUAUCAUGGAGAGUAAAGUGUUUAACCAAUUAAAACCAUCAUCUUUACCUCAUACAGGCACUUCAGAUUAACAGGACCCGGCCUCACAAUGCAGCUUUGUUGCUGAAACAGAUUAACACAUCAAGUGACCGGAGGUGUAGGAGCCCCUUUUUCUCUUUUUUUUUCUUUCCUGCUUCCCUUUCUCCAACAUUCUCCACGGACGCUGCCGCCACACAUCUCGAACCACAUCGAGUGCGAUGGCCAGACGUUUUCAUAUUGAGUGAUAUGUGACCAAAUUGGCAAAUCCAGGUUGAUAGCUGAGCUCAGACGAAGCACAGAGAACAACAUCACACUGGUUUCCUUCAUGUCACGCCACAGUCAGCCAGAAAGUCGGCCAGCGAGCAGCAGCAAUGACAGUAACAUACUCUCGCAGGGUUGCUGAUGCAGGUCUGGGGACCUUCUUUCACCUGCUUCUGCGAUGGAAAGGCAGCAUCUAUAAACUGCUCUACAGAGAGCUCAUCAUCUUCACUUUUCUCUACUACUUCUUCAGUAUAGUUUAUAGGUUUGUGUUUAAUGAAGACCAGAAGAGGCUUUUUGAGAAGCUGUCACUAUACUGUGACCGCUAUGCCGAGCUCAUCCCUGUGUCGUUUGUGCUGGGUUUCUAUGUCACCUUGGUCGUGUCCCGUUGGUGGGGCCAGUUUGAGAACGUCCCCUGGCCGGACCGAUUGGCAGCUUUAGUCGGGGGUCAUGUUCGUGGAGCUGAUGAGACCUCCAGGCUGACCCGACGAACUCUGAUGCGAUACGCCAACCUCUCUGGUGUGCUCAUUUACCGCUCUGUCAGCACAGCUGUUUACAAGAGGUUUCCCACCAUGGAGCAUCUGGUGCAGGCAGGUCUGAUGACGUCAGAGGAGCUGAGGCACCUGGAGGACUUGCCCUCUCCUCACAACAAGUUCUGGGUCCCCUGCAUGUGGUUCGUCAGCCUGGCUCUGAGGGCUCGGACUGAGGGUCGCAUCAACAACGACGUGGCGCUUACAGCCAUUCUCUCUGAGUUGAAUAGUUUACGGGCAAAGUGUAUGAAGCUGUACGGUUAUGACUGGAUCAGCCUGCCUCUUGUCUAUACUCAGGUGGUGACAGUGGCGGUCUACAGCUUCUUCCUGGCUUGUCUGAUUGGUCGUCAGUUCUUGGAUCCAGCUCAGGGUUACCCAGGUCACGAUCUGGAUUUCUACCUGCCUGUUUUCACCCUGCUGCAGUUUUUCUUCUACGUUGGUUGGCUGAAGGUGGCUGAGCAACUCAUCAAUCCUUUUGGUGAAGAUGAUGACGACUUUGAGACCAACUGGCUCGUUGAUCGCAAUUUACAGGUUUCCUUGUUGUCUGUGGAUGAGAUGUACGACAGCCUGCCGCUGGUUGAGAGGGAUAUGUACUGGAAUGAGUCUGAACCUCAGCCUCCCUACACUGCUGCCAGUGCUGAACACCGCAAACCCUCCUUCAUGGGCUCAGCCCUUGAUAUCAGUGUUCCUAAGGAGGAGAUGGAAUUUCAGUCCAACCUGGAGCAAAUCAAAGAACAUGAGGAGGCCAACUACUCCACCCCGUUGAUCGGAGGGCUGGGUCGUCUUCUCGGUGUCCAGUCCCCUAACUUUCCUCGCUCCUCUCGGGUCUCUCUGCUGCGGCGCCGCCCUGGAGCACCACUAAGUCGCUUCCCUCUUUACCUGCACCCCGAGACACCAUCAACUCCCAAUCAAGGCCGCCAGCCUUUAAACCAAGAGCGAGAUCCAGACUAUGCCUUCUCCACCAUGCCCUUGUAUGAGAGACCGGGUUUCUAUAGCUGCCCCCAAACACCCAUCCACUGUGUGCCCCCCGCGGUGCCCCGCCCUCGACCUGCCCGCCGAACUCAGAACGAGUGGGACCGCAGCUGCAGCUCCCUUGCACCUCCAAUGGUGGGCUCACAGAUGCUGCCUCCCGACACUCCCAAUAACCUCCCACCACCGCCGUCCUCUGCUUUCCCCUGGCUGAGCGAGGAUGGAGAGGUGCCGAAUACCCCUGCCUUCUCCUUCCCUGACCCCCCACCUGAACUCUGCCCAAUAUCUAAACUAAGACCUGGACAUGGCCUUCUGUCUCGCCGCCCUCCACCUCUCCGCCUUACUCUGGACCCCCUCCCCUCAGCGGACAGCCAGCCCGGACCCCUGAGUGCUCGGACGGCAGGAAGCGGAGGAGAAAGGGUGUUUUCGUUCACUCCUCCUUCUCGCGCAGCAGCAGCAAAUCCCAGUAAUCCCACCAGCAGCUCUAGCAGCAUUAAUGCAACAAGCACCAGCGGCGCUGGCACAACGGGAAAUCUCUGCAACGGUACAAGUCACAGUAAUUUUAGUAACCAUGGGAACUUCGCCGCCAACAUGAGAGCAAGCAACGGGGGCACUAACGGCGGGCUGAGCAAUAACAUGAAUACAGUUUCCACUUCAGCGUCACAGCAGCAAGAAACCAAUCAGCAAAACUCACCCAAUGAUUCAGGCAUCUCAUUGGCUGAAGGGGACCUGCUGGGAGUUUUGGUGGACGGUGGCGUGAACAAGGCAGCAGGAGGGAAGGAGCAGGACUGAGAUGAGAAGCUGUGACAGACUGUUUUUGUAUCAUUCAAAACAUUUCACACCAGCAGCCACUGAUCUUUGUUAAUAUCUGAAGUGCAUUACAGUCAUCUGGAGCCAUACACACAACUGAAAAGUUUUUUGGCAAUCACCGAGUUAAUCUUCCUAAUAAGCUUUUAGAGAACAAUUAACCUAUUUGUAAUGCAAAAAGCACCUUAUGAGAUUUAACCGUCAACAUGUGAAGGAAAAAUAAGAAACUCUUUCCAGCUUCCUCUGAAACUCAGCGACACCGAGCCAAAAUGUGUAUAUUCUAAAAUCUUCUUAGCAUUGUUUCCAUCAGUGUACUCUUUAAUUAAAAAAGUAUCAUGUUAUGUUUCUUUUGUCAUUUUGUUUUUU